GACGGCGAAGAAGAAGGAAGAAGGAAGAAGCUAUGGAUUCUGAGAAGGCACUAGAGCUUGUGAAGCAUGGAGCUACGCUUCUCUUUCUCGAUGUUCCUCAAUAUACUCUUGUUGGAAUUGACACUCAGAUUUUCGCAGUUGGACCGGAUUUCAAAGGGAUUAAGAUGAUACCUCCUGGAAUCCACUUUGUAUUCUAUAGUUCAUCGACCAGGGAUGGUAAAGAGUUUUCACCUACCAUUGGCUUCUUUCUUGAUGUUGGACUUUCUCAGGUUAUUGUACGCAAAUGGAAUCAGCAAGACGAGUGGUUAGCCAAAGUAUCUGAAGAAGAGGAAGAGAGAUAUUCUCAAGCAGUCAGGUCUUUGGAGUUUGACAAACAUCUUGGCCCAUACAAUUUAAGUCAAUAUGGGGAAUGGAAGCACUUAUCUAACUAUAUUACGAAGGAUGUUGUUGAAAAGUUUGAGCCGGUUGGAGGAGAAAUAACAGUCACCUAUGAAUCUGCUAUUCUAAAAGGUGGACCUAAAACGGCAAUGGAAAGAGCACUUGAUGCACAGAUGAAGAAAAGCAAGUUUGCGGCAUCAUCUACUGAGCAACCCAAAGGGAAUAGGUUUUAUUACACUACUAUUCCUCGGAUUAUAAAGCACAAGGGAAUGUCUGGGCAAGAGCUGACGUCUAUGAAUCUUGACAAGACUCAACUGCUAGAAAGCUUAUUGUCAAAGGAGUACAAAGACUCGGAAGACUUGCUUCUCGGGGAGCUACAAUUUUCCUUUGUAGCAUUUUUGAUGGGGCAGUCUCUUGAAUCGUUCAUGCAGUGGAAGUCCUUAGUUAGUCUUCUACUGGGCUGCAUUGACGCGCCCUUUCAUACAAGGAGUCAACUAUUUACAAACUUUAUUAAAGUCAUCUACGAUCAACUAAAAUAUGGACUACAGAAAGAGAGUAAUGGUCCUGAGAUGGGCAUUCAUGCGCUUCUUGAUGAUUCUUGGCUAGCUUCCGAUAGCUUUCUGCAUUUGCUUUGCAAGGACUUUUUUGCUUUAGUGGAAGAGACUUCUGUAGUUGAUGGAGAUUUAUUGUCUUGGAUAAGGAAGUUCAAAGAGUUGCUUGAGAACAGAUUGGGAUGGGAAUUUCAGAAGAAGAGCGCUAGUGACGGGAUUUACUUUGAGGAAGAUGACGAGUAUGCUCCUGUGGUUGAGAUGUUGGAUGAAAGUCAUGGAGAAUAUAUGGAUAUGUCCACUUAGACAUCGAUCGAUGCAGAUAACGUUGCCACUAGCAUGGGAGAGUGAUUUGUAGUUAAUGCACUAUGCACAUGUCCUUUUUACACAGUUAAUAAACAUAAGUUUGGUCUUUCUGGUUGGUGCAUAGAACACUUGUGAGCAGUUUUCUUGAUCAAAUUUUAUGGAUAUAAGUUCCUUGUAAGUUGUUACAGACACUAUCUGACCAAAAUCUCUGAAGAAAUUUUAAAUUCUGCG